AUGGGUGGCGGACCGCUAAGAUCCACCACUCCUGUCAAUUACGAAAUAUUGAUGAAAACUCCAAAACUGAGGGAAGCAAAUUAUUUCACUACUUCCACUUCAGGCUUGAAUAACCAACAUAUUUUCCCCACUUCGAACCCUUCAGAAGUUAUUCUUGACUUCCCAGAGAAAUUCAUCCCCCACACUCAAGCGGUCAAUAAUGCUAGUUACGUACCGAUACGUGACAAAGAAGACGAAUAUGUUGAAGAGGAUGAAACUACGUAUACCGGAUUUUUACCAUUCUUGAAAAUGGUUCAAAAUAAGCUCAUGAAAUAUAAAAUUACAUCGCAUGAGAGUAAAAUAUCUGUCUUAACUCAUUUGAGAGAUAAUUUAUUGAUGAAUAUUCAUCAUAGAAUAUCGAAAUUGUCGAAACCAACAACUUCUCGUGAAGCUCGAGGUUAUAAAAAUGAAGAACAUCAUAUGGAAUUUCCAUCUAAUGAAGGUGCUCUCAUGACUAUUGGAUUUCUUACUUUUGCAGUGUUCCUGAUAAAGUUGGUCAUGAAACUAGUCUAUGCUCUGAAAUACAAGUUUCAGAUGUAUGCAUCUACUACAACGACUACUACGGCUGCAACCGUCCUUUUGUUGAACAGAAAAAAACGAGAUGAAGAUAUCGAAAAUGCUUCCAGAAUAUUGCAGUACAUUGAAGAAUUUCCACAUAUAGAUGCAGAUAGCAUAACUACGAUGAACAGAAUUCCGUAUAAGAAAACCAAAAAAUAAUUUAUGUCAAAACCGAA